AUGGAUGACCGAAGGCUCAAGCACCCGCAGAAGCCUGGGAAGAUCAGGGUUGUGUUUGACUCCAGCGCGGAGUACAAGGGAGUUUCGUUGAACAAUGUCCUUCUAACGGUACCGAACUUCACCAACAGCCUCAUCGGAGUGCUAAUACGCUUCAGAAAGGAGCAGGUAGCGGUGAUGGCGGACAUACAGCAAAUGUACUACAACUUCCUUGUCCGAGAAGAUCAUCGCGAUUUCCUCAGGUUCUUGUGGUUCAAGAACAAUGACGUAUCGGAAGAUAUUGUGGAAUGCCGAAUGAAAGGGCAUGUCUUUGGAAAUAGCCCAUCCCCAGCCGUAGCCAUGUAUGGGCUUCGACGAACAGCCCGAGAGGGCUCACGUGUGUUCGGAGAGAAGGCAGCGAAGUUUGUGGAGAACGAUUUCUAUGUCGACGACGCACUGAAGUCCGUUCCCACGGAGGAAGAGGCAGUCGAGCUACUGCAGAAGGCGCAGAAAUUGCUGGAAACGGCAAACAUACGGCUACAUAAAAUUGUCUCAAAUAAUGAGAAUGUACUUCAGGCUUUUCCCGUUCGCGACCGCGCGGCAGACCUCCGGGAAAUUGACUUCACCAAAGACACAUUGCCUGCGCAACGUAGCCUUGAGCUACUUUGGAACGUGCGCGACGACACGUUGCUUUUUCGCACUCCACCUGAAGAAAAACCAUGCACACGUCGUGGUGUUCUCACAACGGUCAACGGCUUGUAUGACCCAUUGGGGUUGGUGGCUCCGGUGACUGCACGAGCCAAGCACUUUCUACGCGAAAUUACAGCCGACGGAUAUGACUGGGACAAACCGUUACCACUUCACCGAGAGCAAGAAUGGGAAGACUGGAAAAGCUCUAUCCAAGCGCUGGAGAGUCUUCAAAUCAGAAGACCGUAUGCGCCGAUAUCGGUUUCAGAAGCUGAGCGCAAGGAGAUCCACAUUUUCUGCGAUGCAUCAACACAAGUUGUCGCAGCCGUGGCGGACCUAAAGGUCACCGACAAUACAGGAAGACACCACGUCGGAUUCCUAAUGGGGAAAGUAAAGUUGGCCCCCCUAGAUGAGCUUACCAUUCCCAGAUUGGAACUGUGUGGGGCGGUACUCGCAGUCGAAUUGGCUGAACUUGUCCAGCGGGAACUGGAUCUGCAACCAGACAUACUGAAGUUCUACAUCGACAGCAAGGUCGUAUUAGGCUACAUACACAAUGAAAAAAGGAGAUUCUACGUGUAUGUGGCAAAUAGGGUGCAUCGCAUUCGCAAAACGACGACGCCAGAGCAGUGGAACUACAUUCACACUAAUCAGAAUCCUGCAGACCAUGGAGAAGUCCACUUCGGAAGCUGGAUCCAUUUCUUGAUGAGAAGGGCCUUCUACGCGUUGGUGGCCGCUUGCGCAGAAGUGAUCUGCCGGAAGACGAAAAGCAUCCUUUCAUCAUUCCAGGCCGGCACCACGUUACCACGCUUCUCAUACGUCACAACCAUGAACAAGUACAACAACAGGGCAGACAUUUCACGGAAGGAGCAGUAA